AUGCCAGGGGCCCAAGGUCCCGAUGUCCUGCUCUGCCUGCUCUUCCUUCUGCUCCUGACCCCCCACAGUGCUGAGGGGAUUCCCCCUCCUCUCCCUGUUCAGCGUAGGUUUGAGUACAAGCUCAGUUUCAAGGGCCCAAGGAUGGCAUGGCCGGGGACUGGAAUACCCUUCUGGAGUCAUCAUGGAGAUGCCAUCCCAGGCCCGGAGGAGGUGCGGCUGGCACCAUCCCUGAGGAACCGCAGCGGUGCUGUGUGGAGCAGAGCCAUGGUCCUCUUCCCAGCCUGGGAGGUGGAGAUACAGAUGCGUGUGACUGGACCAGGCCACAGGGGCGGCCAGGGCAUGGUCGUGUGGUACACCCAGGAUGGGAGCCUCGUCGGCUCUGUCCCCAGGUGGCUGGCCUCGAGGGACAGUGUAGGGAUCUUCUUUGACUCCUCCUCUGAGGACAACCAAAACAGCCCUGUAAUCCGUGUGCUGGCUGGCGAUGGGCACAGCCCCCAUGAGCAGCUUGGGGAUGGAGGCAGUCGGGUGCUGGGCUCCUGUCAUUGGGACUUCCGGAAUCGGCCGUACCCACUCAGAGCAAAGAUCACGUACUGGAAACAGAGACUGCGCGUAUCACUGAGCAGCGGUUUCACCCCUAAUGACCCAGAAGAGGUUUGCACCGAUGUGGGACCCCUGCUUUUGGCCCCUGGAGGUUACUUUGGGGUCUCAGCAGCCACUGGCACCCUGGCAGAUGAUUACGAUGUCCUGUCCUUCCUGACCUUCAGUCUGAGCAAUCCCAGUCCAGAGGCUUCUCCCAGGCCCUUCCUGGAGACAGAGCAACUCCACCUGGCCAAGCAGCUGGAAGAGCUGAGGGAAAGGCUGGGCCUGGGCACUAGGAAGAACAUGCAUCCACAGCCAAAUGCCAGAGCCCAGGAAGAAGAGGAAAGGCUCUUUGACCUGCAGGAGACUCUGAGCAGACACAGCCGCAUCCUGCAGGCCCUCUGGGGUCUCUCGGAGCACCUGGCCCAGGUCAAGAAGCAAUGGAAGCAGCAGCUCGGAUCUCUAGGCUGGGCCAGAUCUGACGGAUGGGACUCUGCCAAAGUCAGCACCUUGAAUUAUGGACAGCGAACUCUGCUCCAGAGCUUGCAAGAAAUAAGGGAUGUUGCUGCACGCAUGGCCUUAGAAAGCCGGGUUGUCUCUCUGCCUGUGGGCACCGAACAUCACUUUUUGGAGCUGGACCAGAUCCUGAGUCUCUUGCACAAGGAUCUUCAGGGCACAGAGAAAGCAGCAGGGAAGGGCUCCCGGCUACCUGGCUGGCACCCAGGGACCCCUGCGUGCCUGCAGCCUGGCAUCUUCCUGCUCUUCCUCCUCAUCCAGACUGCAGGCUUCUUCUACUAUGUGUACUUCAGACAGGAGCUGGACAAGAGACUUCAGGAGUGCUGGUCCCUGGGGAGCCUCCCUCUGGGUCUUGCACCAGCCGUUCCCAGGGUGUUGGGGGCCUCAAGGAGGCAGCCCUUCUCCAGCACUCAGGCUUGACCCAUAUCCACACCACUUCUGGGGAAGCAAGUGGCAUCUGGGGCAUGGACAGCUUGGGCUGUGUCCUCUUCCACUGC